UUGAAUUCCCAUCUUGGUCCGUGAAACGCAGGUUUACGGCUUUGAAAGUGGGGAUCAAUGGCAGGAACCCAUGGCCAGGUGGAGUAGGUGAGACUCAGAGGGAAGCCACGAAGGGUUUGUGGUGAAGAUCCUGCGUCAGGUCCUAUGGCUUUCUCCACUCCGCAUCCUUCUCUAGAUCGUGGCAGAACCAAUCCGUUAGGGGGUCUAAUGGUCUCUGACCCUAGGAGGAUUUUCCAUCAUUAGCAAGACAAAUCAUAGCGAGACGCUAAAAACGAACAAGAAAAGGACAACCUACGCAGUGAUGUUCUUUUGCAAAUGGGGAUCUCUCUCCAAGGGAGAAAGUGUCUUAGGGAUUUGGCUUCUGGCAUGAAGCACUAGAGAAACCAUCAUCUACAGUGAUUUUCAAUGAGUCGGCAGCCAGAGGAUUGAUAGGCUUUUGCAAUAUCACGAAGGGAUCAUGAAAUUUUCAUCUCACCAGUGUCUUAGGAAUGCCUCAUUCUAAUUUGAUGUGUUCCUUCUUCCUGCAAUUUGAUGUUGUAGAACGUUUACACUGCAGCCGUGAGGGAUUUCACAUCAACAAAAUUGUGAAAGACUCAUUCAAGGGAUGAAGAUUCACCAUGACAUAGGGUACCAUGUUGGAAUCAGUGAGCGUGUGGAAGAAAUAACACAGCUAUUGGCUAUUGAAGACAGCGACCAUGUACGAAUGGUUUGUAUGUAUGGUAUGGAUGGCAUUGGGAAGACAACUCUCGCCAAAGCUGUCUUCAACCAUGUCUCCAGAAAUUUUGAAGCUUGUUCUUUUCUUGAGAAGGUUAAAAGGAAGGAUCUCUGCGGGUGCCAGGUGCAGUUACUCAAAGAGAUUGUAAAUUGUCAAGAAGAUGUAAAACUAGUCACCAAAGGUAAAAUCCUGCUUUCUGAAAGACUUCCAUGUAAGAAGGCACUUAUUAUCCUUGAUGAUGUGAAUCACGAGGAUCAAGUUGACGCGUUGGCUGGAGAUCCAGAGUGGUUUGGAAGUGGGAGUAGAAUUAUCGUCACAACCACAAAGCAGGAUAUGCGCACAUAUCAUAAAUUUAAAUCAGGCCUUUACGUCUACCUAGUUGAAAAAUUAAGCGAGAAACAUUCGCUUGAACUACUUAGUUAUCACGCCUUCGAGACACAUCAGUGUGAACCAGGUUAUGAAGGGCUUCUGAAGGAGGUCCUAAGGUAUGCGUGUAACAUGCCUUUAGCUCUUCAGCUUUUGGGAGGCUUACUGCGUCUAAGGAGAGAUAAGUCAGAAUGGAGAACGUCCGUGGGCAAGUGGAGGAUAUCUAUACCUGGAGAUAUCAAACAGAUUUUGGAGUUGAGCUGCAAGGAACUUCAAGGCAGUGGCCAUGAAGGCGUAUUUGUUGACAUAGCAUGCUUUUAUGUUGGCAUGCAUAGCGAAAUUGCGUGCUACAUAUGGGAGAACAGUAUUGAUGCAAUCAGAGCGCUGUCAAACAGGUGCCUAAUAAAAAUCAAUGAUGAGAAUAGGCUUGAGAUGCAUGAUCUGAUACGAGACAUGGGGAGAGCAAUUGUUCAAGAUGAUAGUAGGCUGUGGGGGCAUAAUGAAGUGGUGAGCAUAUUGAAUGAUAAAGAAAUGAAGCAUGUGGAAGGCGUGAAUGUUAGGAAUGAUAUUGCACAACCCAGUAGCAUCAGCUUCUGUUCCAAACUCAGCCGUCUUGCACACAAUCUAAGAUGGAUGGAGUGGCAUGGUUCCCCUUUGAAAUCACUUUCCAGUCUCAAACUUCAAAAUAUGGUGGUACUUGACCUGUCCCACAGCAAGAUUACUCGACUUUGGGGAAGGUUUCCACUUUGGAAGUGGUCUUGGCAAGAAAAUCAAGUUUUCACUCAGUUGAAGGUCCUUAAUCUUAGCGGCUGUGAUAAGCUUUCCAGCACAGAAGGUUUGUCUAUGUUCCCUAACAUGAAGCUGCUGAUUCUUGAAGGUUGCUCAAAGUUGGAAGAGAUACAUCCAUCAAUUGCGGGUUUGAAGAAGCUAGUCUUAUUGAAUAUGAAGGAUUGCAGCAAUCUAGUUAAAUUUCCAGAUUGUUUCUUUGGGUUGAAUUCCCUCGAAACCAUUAAUCUCUCAAACUGCUCCCAUCUGAAAAACUUACCAGAGUCAAUCUGUAAAUUGCCAGCUCUCACGAAACUUCUAUUGGCUGGGUGUUCCAUGCUCAAUUAUUUGCCUGAUUCCUUGGGAUGCCUGGGGAAACUUGAGAUACUGAGUGCCGAUCAGUGUAAGGCACUGCACAAGUUACCAGAUUCUGUUGGCGGUCUUCCAUCAUUAUUAGCUCUUCACCUGAAAGGUACAACAUUUGCUCGACUGCCAGAUUCUGUCUGCGCCUUGACCAACCUCAGGAAAUUGGACUUGAGUGACAGUAAGUUGGAAAGAUUACCUACUGCUAUUGGCAAUGCCAGGAGCCUGACCAUUUUGGUUUUGGACCGGUCAAGGAUUGAAAAGCUGCCUGAUUCCAUUGAUUUAUUGGGUAGACUUAUCAAGUGCUCGACAGUGGGAUGCAGUAGACUUCAGGCCUGAGAAUACUACCUUCUUAAGAAUGGUUACAGAAAAAAACCUUGACACUGGGGGCUGUUUUGAGUCGAAGCAAACAAGUUGCUCCACCGAAGUCAACUGGGCUGCAGGUGCAGAUGCAGCUGUUUAUACAUGAUGUCUAUUAUACGUCCCACUCAAGUACAUGUAAUUCUUCCAUACAUGUGGCAAAGCUUCAUUUAUAUGUACAUAGACAUAACCAACAUAUGUAAAUAAAUAUUCAUAACUGAACUUACCGGCACCAGCAUCUGCAGCUACUUGACAUGGUAAGAAUGUAAAAGUUCUUUGGAGAA